UGGUGGUCAGACCAGCGCAGGCAGCGCGACGCCCGCAACGCCAACCCAACUUCCAUCCAUGCACUAUGCUAACCUGCCUGCCUAUCCAAUGUCUCCACGCGCUAGGCCCCAAAUCAGCCGCUGCCAACCCCACUGUGGCUGCGCCCGACCCCUUCUGGGCUCGUGCUGUAGACCCUCCGCCGGAACACCACCAAAGUUCGACGACGAACCGCCCCGUCCCCUUUUCCACCGGCACCACAGUCGACUCUGCGACUAACUAGCAAUUACUCUCCUUUUUUCUGCGCUCGCAUACUCUGUCGCCUCGACAGACCAACGCGGUCGUCUCCUUUGCCCUUCCGUCCUUCCUUCUUCCCUCCAUCAGUCGUCCGUCUUUUCCCUCGUACCGUCCUGCACUUCCGUCAUGGUAUCUUCGUAAUCACUCCACCGCCCUCCUCCCGCUGCCCAACGCUCGCCUCCAUCUCGAAGGCCUAAUUCGUCGCUCAACGGUCGCCCGACACCCGGCGCCUCGACGCAGCCGACGCCCCCCUCACGGCCUAAUCGCGCCGACAAUUCGUCGCCGUUGCCAUGUCUGCGGCGUUGAGCAAGCGCCAGCAGGCGCGCAACGAGAAGCAGCUUCAGGAGCUAGUACACAGCGUGCGCGGCAAUAACCAAUGCGCCGACUGCCACGCCCCCAACCCAGCAUGGGCAUCAUGGAGCGUACGUUGUCUCCUCCUGUCUCCUCCUGUCCCCGCCACGAUUCGCCGGUCACACGAGCGACGGCCGGUGGUCCCGACGAAACUGCCAACUAACCACGGUUCCUGCAGCUGGGCGUCUUUCUUUGUAUGCGGUGCGCCUCCCUCCACCGGAAGCUUGGCACGCACAUUUCCAAAGUCAAGUCGUUAAGCAUGGACAGCUGGUCCAACGAGCAGGUCGAUAACAUGCGCAAAGUCGGCAACACCGUGUCCAACCAGAUCUACAAUCCCGAUAAUAAGAAGCCCCCGGUGCCUGUCGAUGCCGACGAAGCCGACUCGGCCAUGGAGCGAUUUAUACGUCAAAAGUACAUGCACAACGUCGCCAGCGACUCCACAAAGCCACGAAGCCAGCGCUCCGAUGAAGGUACACCCCCACCACUACCACCCAAGAACUCGACAAAAUUCGGGUUCAGGUCGGCAGCGUCCAUAUUUCCGCUGUCGUCGCGGGCGAAGAAGGAAGCCAAGGUGGCAGCUCUGGCCGAAGCAACACACAGUGCCUCGUACGAGCACCAAAUGGCCAACAAGCCAUCCAAGGUCUUCGGUGCGACGUUGGACUACAGUGGCCCCAACGAUUCCGAAAAGAAGCUGGUAAAACUCCAAGACAUGGGGUUCCAGGACAGUCAACGCAACGCGAUCAUCCUGAAAGGGGUGAAUGGCAACUUGGACCGGGCUGUCGAGGCUCUUGUACGGCUGGGCGAGGGCAGUGGAACGUCACCAACCCCACCAACGGCUCCUCCACGAGAGAAUUCCCUCCGGACGUCGAGGUCUUUGACGCCUUUAACGUCCAAAAAUAGCGGACUGGGCGCGGGUCUCGUGGUUCCACAGACGUCGACGCAAGACCGGCCGACAACGGCCUCAACGACCUCGAACUCGACCAAUCCGUUUGACAUGCUCACGCCCGCCCAGCCGCAGACAGCGCAGUCAACGGGAACCCUGCACAACAAGAACCCGUACGGAAACACACGGUUGGCAGCGAAUAAUCCCUUCGGUCAGCCCUCACCGCCGUUGGAUGCUGUCAGCCAAGCUUUCCAAGGCCUGUCAGUAUCUCAGCAGCCGCAGAGCCUGUUCCCUCACCGCACGGGAGACGUGGGACGACAGGCCGUCCAGCAGGUCACUGUGUCGCAACAGUUCAUGUCUCCUUCGGCGCCGUCGAGCCCUUCAAACUAUCAGCACAUGAACUUUCAGAGCAGCAUGACGUAUCCGCAGCCGAUGCUGCACCCGCAGCAGCAGACUUUGCAAACGGGUUACAACCCCUUCUUCUCGCAGCCCUCAAGCCCGACAGCAGCGGUGUCUCAGCAGAGCGUGUCAGGCGGCACGGGCCAGUUGCAAGGCGGCCUUGCAAGUAACCCAUUUGCGCGGUCUCCAACUCGGAUAGCGUCACCCUCUCUGGGGCAGAUUCCAGAACAAACCCAGACGACAUUUCUCACAGCCUCGCCACAGCCGCUGCCUACGAACACGAACCCCUUCUUCGUCAAUGCGGCUCAACCGCCGCAGCAACAAGGGAGUCCCAACCCCUUCGGGCAGCAAAUGAACGGGCAGCAGGCGUACGGACAGCAGGCAUACGGACAGCAGGCGUACGGACAGCAGGCGUACGGACAGCAGGUAUAUGGGCAGCAGGCAUACGGACAACAGACGUAUGGGCAGCAGGCGUACGGGCAGGCAUCAUUCGUGCAGCAGCAGCAGCAGCCACAGACGCAGUAUCAACCACAACGGCAAGACAAGGCGUCGAUCAUGGCAUUGUACGGGCAGCCGUACCAGAUGCCCCAGAGGGCUGCGACAUCGGAUGCAAACGCACCGGCGCACCCCGCCACGAUACCCGAGGACCGGGCGGUGUAUACACAGUCGGCCGCCGCUCCGCCGCUGCCUACGUCCGUGCCGGCGCGAAGUGCUUCGCUCCCGGUAGCCGGAGGCACCAACCCUUUUAUGAGCAACGGUGCGGCCCCUGCUGCACCAGAUCCUUUUUUUACGUCGAGCCGGCAUAUUAGCAGGGAGAGCAUGAACCUGGGCAUGGACAUGGCAUGGACCAACGGCCGGCAUAGCCCCGACGCAUUUGCAAGCCUGAGCGCUCGACAUGUAUGAUGGAAUGUUACGGACGGCCACGAAGAUGGUAAAUUCGUGUAAUUGCAUCGCGUAGCUGGUAAUGUAUGAUACCUCCAAAGUCGAAGUCGCGUUGCACGACAGCUCCGUUGACCGUCGGGGCUUGUGUGCACAUAUCUUGGCAACACGGCUGUCACGACAGUGUAGUGCGGUCACACACAACCUACCUGUUUGCUCGAUAUGCAUAGACGCCGGCCGGCAGGCUGGGCAGCCGAGCUCCCCACGCCUGGAUCGGAGAUGCGUGCCUGCGGUGAGACGCUGGCGUUUUGUCGUUUACGUGUGAGGCGAGGACGGAGCGCAGCAUGACGGCAACCGAGCAAUGCAUGUCCCGGCAGGGAUUGGGUAAGUGACCGGGAGAGCGGCCUGGGUGAACGACCGCGACUGGGCCCGUUCCCGCAUGUCUCCAACAAGUCAAUGCCAAACUGCCGAUGCGCUCCUAGAGGCUUUCGGAUGGGGUCAGCGGUGCCGUCGCACGGCGCCCCGGGGCCCCGCCUGCCAGACGUGAGGACGUCCAUCCAUAGGUUUGCGCCUUUACGCCCGACAGGGACGGGCCAACAGCGGCGGCCUCGAGCGUUUCUUGGAGGAGCGCCUCUCGCGCCUCUCGCUUGGCGCACGAGGGGGA